AGGGUAUCGUGAGUUGGAAACUGCGAAUAAGAGAGAAGGGAUCGACUUUCUCACCGACAAUUCAAGGGGCUGGGCUGGACUGGGCAAGCCCCCUGGACGAUCUGCGCUGCCCUAAAACCGCCUAGAACUGAUCCUAGGCUAGGGCUAAUCUGGAUCCGCUCUAGUUAGUCUGGUUCCGAAGGCAGCAGGGCAGUUGGAGUUAAACCGGAGAAUUUAUGUAAGAAGAAGCGUCAAGCCACGGUGGCUAGAACUUUUUAAUGAUUGCCUGUUUCGGAAAGUGGUCUUAGGUAGCAGGUAGGUUUGCAGCCACAUCUAUGACGUCCCUUAUUGGAUGCACUUGUUAUCUUGAGUACCCAACACCGCCUGACAAGCCCGAUUCAAGAGACUGUAACCUGGCCUCUUAAGCUUCAGAAUAUCUGUCAUAUCUGGUUGACGUUUACCUCUAGUUACCUAACUAUAAAAAUCGAUACUUUUACCAAUAUUGACUUGAAAUAUUCAAGAUGACUGAUAGAGCGCCUCCUAACUACUACAAGAUCCUCGAGAUCUCGGAAAGUUCCACUACGCAGCAGAUUCGCGAUGCCUAUAAGCGAGCAGCCCUCAAAACCCACCCGGACAGAGUCCCCUCGAACUCGCCUGAGCGCCCGGUCCGAACACGCAAGUUUCAGCUCGUAAAUGAUGCUUAUUAUACGCUGUCAGACGCCACACGGCGGCGCGAGUACGACGCCCAGCGCAGACGGUUCGGUGGCGGGCGUACCACUUACACGUACGAGGAGGCAGACGACCCGGAGGAAUCAGUGCCGCCUGAGACAGGGGGAAGUGGUGGAGGAGCAGCGCAGAGCGCGUACUCGUGGGCGUGGAACUUCUUCACAGGCGGGAACACCAACUCGCAACCUCACGCGCGGGAGGCGCGGCAACAGGCUGAAGACGCGCAGUUCGGAGAUGUGUUCGAGGAGAUGCUGCGCGAGGAGGGGCUCGCGGACCAGGAUACCAACAGGCCGACGUCCAAUUUCUGGAGCAUACUGGGCGCGGCCAGCGGCAGCGUGCUGGGCUUUAUACUGGCGAAUAUGCCGGGGGCGGUUGCGGGGGCUGUGGCGGGGAAUAGGUUGGGUGCUGUGAGGGAUGCCAAGGGCAAGAGUGUCUAUGCUGUUUUCCAGGACUUGCCGCAGGAUGAUCGGGCGAGGCUGCUGGCUCAGCUUGCUACGAGGGUGUUUAGCCACGCCGUGGGGAUUUGACGAGAGUACAAUACGGUAUACCUAGGGUAUGACUUGGGCUUAUGGUGUAUUGUGUUUCUGCAUUCUUUUACUACAUUAGGUAGAGAACAUGCGCGGAGUUUAGGUGCGCUUAUUUUAAAGGCAGGCGGAUAGAAGUCUAGUAAUGAACUGUUAUUCCUACUAGUAUAGUUAAAGAAAGUAUGGGUUAUGGUCUUAUAUAUUAUAGACGAUAGGAUUAUUUAUUAAAGGAAUCAUUCCUGUGAUGCA